GAUCUGCGCGCGGGGCUGGGAGGGGGGGGCGCAACAUUAAAGCGGUCUAAGAAGGGGAACAGAGAGACGCUCUGCGGCAAACAUGCGGCUCUGCUAGGGCUGCGUGGAUCGGACACGCGUGUAACCCCGUCUGUAUGGACGCUGACAGUCCGGCUCCUCCCUCGGCGAUCAUCCUUUCCGCUCCGCUCAGCACCGUUCGGACAGACGGCGGAGCGCUGAGUGCGUCGCGCGCCGGCGGGAAUGAUUGAUACUUUGUAACUAGUCUGACGAGUUUACGUCUCAGCGACUGAGCGCGCGAUCGGAAACCCUGAAUCGCGGCGUGUCUUCUGGAUCUUUUCGGAGCUUCUCCUCCGGGCGGUGUGACUUCGUCCCCAGUGUCAGUGUCUAAAGAAGUGUGUGUGUGUGUGAGUCUCCAGUGUCAGAGGCUCCGUUGUCAGUGAGUGAGUGAGCGAGUCCAGUCCAGUAGGUGUUGUGGAGCAGCCCUGAUGUCCAGCAGGAGUAUGGAGUGGGAGCACUUCGAGGAGCGGGACAAGGUGCACCGCUCCUCCAGGGGCUCGGCCUCGGGCUCCCAGUAUGGCUCCAGGGCAAACGGACUGGUUCCCAGUCCAGCCCACAGCGCCCACUGCAGCUUCUACCGCACACGUACCCUGCAGGCACUCACAUCGGAGAAGAAAGCCAAGAAGGUCCGCUUCUACAGAAAUGGAGACAAGUACUUCAAGGGCCUCGUGUAUGCAGUGUCCGGCGACCGCUUCAGGUCCCUGGACGCCCUCCUUAUGGAACUCACCAGGUCCUUGUCGGACAACGUCAACCUGCCCCAAGGGGUCCGAAGUAUCUACACGGUGGAUGGAGCCAAAAAGAUCACAAGUCUGGACGAGCUAGUAGAGGGCGAGAGCUACGUGUGCGCCUCCAACGAGCCGUACCGCAAGGUGGACUACACAAAAAACGUGAACCCCAACUGGUCGGUGAACGUGAAGGCCGGGGCUUCGCGCUCGCUGUCGUCGCUGAGCUCGCUACGGAGCGAGCAGCAGCGCGAGAGCAAGGAUUUCAUCAAGCCCAAGCUGGUGACGGUGAUCCGCGGCGGCGUCAAGCCUCGCAAGGCCGUGCGCGUCCUGCUCAACAAGAAGACGGCCCACUCCUUCGAGCAGGUGCUCACCGACAUCACCGAGGCCAUCAAGCUGGACUCCGGGGCCGUGAAGAGGCUCUACACGCUGGAUGGAAAGCAGAUCACCUGCUUACAGGACUUCUUCGGGGAAGACGACGUGUUCAUCGCCUGCGGUCCAGAGAAGUACCGCUACGCCCAGGAUGACUUUGUGUUGGACCACAGUGGUAAGGCUUCUGCAGCCUUUCUCGAUGAGUGUCAGGUCCUCAAGUCUUCUUACGCUCGGUCCUCCACUCCAGCGCGAACCUCUGGAUCCAGGAACCUUGCCCCCUUGCGUCGCAGCAAAUCCCCAGCAACAGUAAGAAGAUCUGGACAGUUAUCCACCAGUCACUCGCCAGUCAAGUCCCCGGUCAAUGGAGCGCCCAGCAGCCAGAUGUCCACGCCCAGGUCCACCAAGUCCUCCAGCUCCUCACCCACCAGCCCUCGCAGCAUGCGCAGCUUCAAGAUUCCCGCUCACCACAGCUCCGUCUCCAACAUCAACGGGUCGGCCGAACCAACAAGAAGCCUGAGUCCUGAAGUUAACGGAAACAGAGGAACCUCUGCCUCGGUCAUCCUGGACAAGUACAGGGUUGGGAAAGUCAUCGGAGAUGGAAAUUUUGCAAUCGUUAAGGAAUGCGUGGAGCGGAGCACUGGGAAGGAGUACGCCCUGAAGAUCAUCGACAAGGCCAAGUGUGUCGGAAAAGAGCACCUGAUUGAGAAUGAGGUGGCUGUGCUGCGCAGGGUCAAGCAUCCCAACAUCAUCAUGCUCGUCGAGGAGGUGGACACCCCCACAGAGCUCUACCUGGUCAUGGAGCUGGUCAAGGGGGGAGACCUCUUCGACGCCAUCACCUCCUCCACCAAGUACACAGAGCGCGACGCCAGCACCAUGGUGUUCAACCUGGCCUCCGCCCUGAAAUACCUGCACAGCCUGAACAUCGUGCACCGCGACAUCAAGCCGGAGAACCUGCUGGUGUGCGAGUUCCCCGAUGGCACCAGGUCUCUGAAGUUGGGCGACUUCGGUCUGGCCACUGUGGUUGAGGGACCGCUGUACACCGUUUGCGGGACGCCCACCUACGUGGCCCCCGAGAUCAUCGCCGAGUCUGGGUACGGCCUGAAGGUGGACAUAUGGGCAGCCGGCGUCAUCACCUACAUCCUGCUGUGUGGUUUCCCGCCGUUCCGCAGUGAGAACAACCUCCAGGAGGACCUGUUUGACCAGAUCCUGGUGGGCAGACUGGAGUUCCCCUCGCCAUACUGGGACAACAUCACCGACUCGGCCAAAGAGCUGAUAGGCCGCAUGCUGCAGGUGAACGUGGAGGCUCGCUACACUGCGGAGGAGGUCCUCUCCCACCCGUGGGUCACUGACGAUGCAGCGAUGGAGAACAACAUGAAGGUAGAGGUGACAGGUAAACUGAAGAAGCACUUUAACGCGGCGUCAAAGCACAGCUCCACUGCGUCAGGCGUCUCUGUCAUCAUGAACACGGCUCUAGAUAAGGAGAAGAUCCUGCUGUCCCGGCGCUCUCCGCAGACCAAUCCGCCGAGACCCACGAGCGACGUUGCUCCCUCCACCUCGCCCCAGCAUCCGCCCGCCCCAGCUGAGACAAGGGGGCCCUGAACCCGCACCUCGCUUCUUGGGGCCAACUAGGGGUCCAUCCAGUUACCGUAGCACUGCUGACACUCCAGCGCCGCAACCACUUAGGUUCUCAUCAUUUCCUGCACUGGGAGGACGGAUGUCGUUUGUAUUUAGAAGGCUUUGUGCUGUAUAUGUGUAUUUACACACACACGUACACACACACAAACGCAGAAAGAAGCAGAGCAGGAGUUGUAUGUGACUUCCAUUUAGGUUCUUAAAGCUAAUUCUGGUGUUUAUUUUGAUGUUAUUUAUUAUUUCCUGGAAACUGUGACUGGUUGGUACACGUUAACUACGAAUAAAUGUCUAGUUCCUUGUUUCACUGCUGGAAUUCAGAUAAGCUACUUUAGUUGUGCAUAGUUUUAGGUCUGGGAGGAUGGACUGGGAGCCACAAGAAGUGUGUGCACAUUUAUUAUUAUUAUUUUUUUUUUUUUUUUUUUUUUUUAAACUCUGGAUGUUCUCACCAUGGCUCAGUAGGACUUCAUGGGCUCGACAUCAACAGAGGUGUAGUUUGUCUGGAGUCGCCUGGAGAAGAUGAAUGUGUCACUGACCCCCAGGGCCAGAGCUGCCUCCACCUCUGAGGAACAACUGGGGCUCAGUGUGGACAAAGUAGGGGAGGGAAAGACUGGGUGAUGCAAAAGCACCUUUACACCCCCCUUCUCAUGCUAUGUUUGCUUUUACCCACAAUUCUACACCGACUCUCAGUAUCAUAGGAUUAUUUCUGCUCAGGGGUCUGGCGGUAGAACUCGCGUGUCACUCACGCCGUGUAGGACGGCCAAGUGUCACAUUCUGGCUUCACUAGGGCUUCUUCUUCAACUUUUGGUCCUGAUCGGACCCCCAGGCGCUCAGGACCUGCAACCUCCACGGGCUGGUACUUCACAAGCAAAGUAAAGAGGGGCCAAGCUCAACUUGUACUUCAUGUCCAGCCUGGCAGCUCUGUCCCCCAUCAACUGUCCACGCAGACAGACUCCAGAAGCAGCAGCCGACACCCCAGAACGGCGGCAGAUUGCCGACGGGGUGCGGGGCGCCUGCAGAAUCUCCUGCCGGCUUUAACGUUAACAUUUCAUUUUGUAAUAGAACUGAAAUGGGAGAACUUGAGUGAA